AUGGGCGAAAGGCCCAAUUUCAUUGACCUUCAUGCGAAAUCUCCCGAUCCAUCUGCAAGACUGGGACACCCUUCGCCACGGAUACAAUACAACGAGGGAGAAAUUCCGCCAUGCCUUUCACCUCUGGAUGCCUUCGCAGCUCAGAGUCGAUUGAUGGCAAAGCAAUUGGAUGUCAAGAUGCACAAGGAUAAGAGAAUGAGUCGACUGCCGCCCGCAGUGGUUACCAAGUCCUUGUCACAACACCGAGCGGAGCGGCCCACCGUCUUCAGGUCUUUCUCAGAAGAGUCUGAUGGUGAUCGUGUGAGAGACGAGGAUGAGCCUAGUAGUAGCUCCACGAUUGCACAUCCUCAGGAUCGACAUAUAUCCCAAUAUCCAAGAAUCAGUGGACUGCUCAAAGGGAAAGGCAAGGGCACUGACGAAGACGAAGACAAAGGCGAAAGUUUUAUGAUACCAAUGGACCGAGCAAGCACACCCGAGACCACAUGCCAGCCUGCUACACAGUCAGACUAUUUCGGGCUACCAAGGGCAGACUCACCCAUAUCCACAUCCCUUUUGGCAGAUUGCAACGUUGCUCGAAGGCAUGCAAAAGCAGAGCCAAGCUUGACAUCAAGUAGCCCCGGCAGGCAGCACCUUCGCUCAAGAUAUGAUUCUUCCACCUCGCACCCCGACUCAAAAUGUACAAGUCAUUCUCCUACAAGACCUGCACCACAACGCGAAAGCUCCGACGACGACUAUACCAGUUCUGUAGCUGGCUCUUCUUUCUCAUUCCCUAGGAAGCUCUCCGCAAGCAGCGGUAUAUCUGUACCACAUUCACCCCUCUCUCCAUUCAUUCCCAUACAUCCACCUCGAUCACCCUCUAUCCAAUCAGAAGCAUCUGUAACGGGUGCCUCAGCACACCGAACUCAUCUAAACUUUUCACGUCCACGAAGCACUGCCAGCCUUAGUAUCCUGAGUAGAGCAGACUCUCCUGCAUUGCGCCAGCUGGUCGAUCCACAGAAUCUGCAACCUUCUGCAGCUACUCAAGGUGAUUCACAGUAUCCAGUGCAGUCUGAAGCCGUUGAAUUAGUGGAUAACGACGGCUAUCUUUCGGCAGGCGGUUCAUCCUACACGUAUGCGAAGUUUUCCUUGCCUCGAGGGCGAGUGGUCUCUAGAGACUCUGUGAUCUUUCAAGGCCUGUCGACACCGCAUUUCGAAUGGAAGGAGCCUCUUUUCCAGAACACGCCUUUGAUGGGUGGAACACCCGACAGGCCUUUGGUUUCGCCUUCUCCAGCGCCUGACCUCAAGCUUGGCUCUUGUCAAACGAAGUCAAAGAUAGAUGGAGAUCUGUUUGCCUUCGAUAUCAAAUCUACACGACCAGCUACACCUAAAAUACCUAUGCCAAAGAAGCCACUCAUCUCUCCUUCACAAUCUCUCAAGUCUGCGAAGUCAACGUCGUCUUUGAAAGGUCGUACGUCCGUUGAGACUGGCGAUCUUGGGUGGUUCCGUGCUUCAGCUGCGCAAAGGAUCGAUUCCGAAGACUCCAAGUCCACCUCAUCCAGGUCGAACAGCACACUUCGGCCCAUGUCGGCCAAAACGGGCGUUAAUAACGCCACUAACUAUCAGUACAUGUCACCGGAUGACCAUGUUACCAAAGGCAUCGAAUGUCAUGAGAACGGUUCGUUACAAGAAUCGACAUAUCAUCUACGUAUAGCAGCAAUGCAAAAUCACCCUACAGCCAUGCUGCUCUAUGCUCUCGCCUGCCGUCACGGCUGGGGUAUGCGACCAAACCAACGAGAAGGUGUACAGUGGUUACGUAAAGCACUGGAUUCUGCUAUGCACGAACUUAAGGAGGAUGAGGACCCUUCCAAUGCAAUCGGCUUGCACAAUAUUAGUGACCAGAAGGCAAGACGCGCUCAAUUCGCCUUGGGAGUAUAUGAGCUAGGUGUUAGCCACCUCAAUGGUUGGGGUAUUGACCGAGAUAAAGCAUUGGCGCUGCGUUGCUUCGAAGUCGCUGGCCAUUGGGGUGACGUAGAUGCAUUGACUGAAGCCGGUUUCUGCUACGCAGAGGGGGUUGGCUGCAAGAAGGAUCUCAAGAAGGCUGCAAGAUUCUAUCGCAUGGCGGAGCAGAGGGGCGCCAAUAUGGUGGGCAAUAGCUGGUAA